AUCAUCAUCACACUUUUCUUGGCAUUCACUCUCGCUCCUUUACUCACUCCACUCUCGCAUUCGCCGCCGUUUUUACUAUUCAAUCUCUGUACUACUUUUCGAGUCGUCUCCUCGCGUCAAUUUUUCAUCGAAUCUGCUUUUCGUCCUUUCUCGUUCGGUGAAGCAAGAGACAGUGACGCUGCUUCAAAAGCGUUGAAUGUCAACUCCUGCCUCGUCGUCGCGUUGUCGUCUUCUGCCUUCCCCCCCUCCGCGACAAGUUCACUUCGCCCCACCAACUUUCGCCAGACGGCCCCAGUCACCAGACCCCUCGGAGAACCACCGUCUUCCCCCCACCCCCGACCGAAAAACCGUCUGGCCGUUGGCAUGUCGACCGUCCCUGCCCCUCAUUCCUCCGAGGCAUUCUGUCAUCAACUCUGCCAUGGCAUCAUCCCUUUUACCGAGUCUCUGUCUCUCCGGCCACUUGGAAUUGCUCGAACAGCCGAAAUUAUCCCAUUUCCCCAUUUUGACUGA